AUGGGACCUGGCGGACCUGGCGGUGGAGGUGGAGGGCCAGGAGGAGGUGGCUGGGGAGGCCCUGGGCCUGGAGGACCUGGUGGCUGGGGAGGCCCUGGGCCUGGAGGACCUGGUGGCUGGGGAGGCCCUGGACCUGGAGGACCUGGUGGCUGGGGCCCCGGGCCUGGAGGACCUGGUGGCUGGGGCCCCGGGCCUGGGGGGCCAUGGGGUGGCGGUGGUUUCUGGGGUGGACCUGGCUUUUUUGGGGGGUUUGGUGAUGGAUUAUGCAACCUGGUAUCUUCUUGCUUCUACUGCUUGUGCUGCUGUGGUUUGCUCCAAGAAUGCUUUGGCGGCCCUCGUGGCGGAUAUGGUCCUCCCGGGGGACCUCCUCCUUUCUGA